UGGAAUAUUGGAGGUGUGUAACGCGGUUGUUGUUUAUAGACAGUAAAUGAGAAAAGUUUCCAAACUUGUUUUUUCUUCACAAAUCCAAUUGUUCCCUAUUCAUCAUCAAUCAACACCAAUCUCUUCCUUAUAUAUAAUCACACCGUGCUCUCUUCCAGUUCCACACUUUCUUCUCUAGCAAAAUCAUCACAAACACCAUUGCUAGUUGUGUUGUUUGCUACUAAACCAAACCUUCACUUCUGUUUCCCUCUGCUUUGGCCCCAACACAACACAAGCAUGAGUGAGUUAUCAUUUAAUCUCAUCUCUGCCUAUUUCCUCACCAUUUUUUCUCACCCUCAAUACUUUUCUUACUUCAUCUUCUUCUCCCAUUACCUCCUCUCUUUUCUCUCCCCCUUGUUCAUCACAUUCACCACAGCCCUUCUCCUUGUUGCUACUGAAAAGUGUAGUACUAGUAGUUCUGACUCCGACUUGCACAAGGAAAUCGGACUUGUUGGUGAAUCAAUCUGUGAAGUUUUUGAGCCAGAGUCGGCGGAAGAAGAUUGUUCAGAAGAAAGGGAAGAUUUUUUCCCAGUGGAAGAGCCAAACUUUAACUUUGAUGAAAACCCAGUUGUUGAGAAUGCAGAUAUAGAGGAAGCUGCUGCGGAAGUUCAAAUGGAAGACAAAGAAGCCAAUGCACUAGAUGCUGCUGCAGAAGUUCAAAUGGAAGACAAAGAAGCCGAGAAACUAGAUGCUGCUGAAUCCAAUAAAGUUGAAGAAAAAUGGCCCUUGAGAAGUGGUUACAAAGGGAUGGGUAAUAGGGACAUUUAUGCUAAUAAAGCGAGUAGAGAAGAUGCUUUAGGUGCACAAGUGCAGGUUGGGAGUGGAAAAGGUAUAGGGAAUAAUCAAGCACUUUGUUGUAAUCUUGGAAGUUUUGGUUCACGGAGGGCGGAAAAUGAGUGGAGGAGGACCUUGUCCUGCAAACGGCACAAUGCAGAUGAUGAAAGUGAAGGAGCAUUGGAUAUGCUUUGGAAUCACAAUGGAAGUGAAGGAAUGAAAAUGCUCUGGGAUAUAUUCAACAACAAAGAAGAGGAAGAAGAGAACAAUGGAAGUGAAGACGGAAUGGAUAUGCUUUGGGAAACAUUUUACGAGGAGGAAAGAAACACAAAGAAGGGUAGUAACAAACAAGGUAAAUCGUGCUGCUUGCCAGUUUGGAAAUUCUCUACACGGAAGAUGAAAUUCUCUAUAGGGAAGAAGAUGAAUUUAGGAAUUGGAAGUCCUAACCUUCUCAAAUUUUCCAAGGCCUUGAAAGGCAUUAGUUUUUCUCCUUCUGCAUUUAGGAAUGACAAGAUGAAUUUAGGAAUGGGAAGUCCCAACCUUUUCAAAUUCUCCAAGUCCUUGAAAGGCAUUAGUUUUUCUCCUUGUGUAUUUAGGAAUGAGAAGAUGAAUUUAGGAAUGGGAAGUCCCAACCUUCUCAAAUUCUCCAAGUCCUUGAAAGGCAUUAGUUUUACUCUUGAGCAUUUCCUUCAAGAUGAGAUGUAA